AUGUUCGCCGCGACGCAAUCGAUGAGUUCUCUGAGAGCCGCUCCGGCGCGCGCCCGCACGGUGAAGCCGCGAGCGACGACGGCGCAGGCGGCCGCUGUGCAAGCCCAAAAAAUUCGCAUUCGCUUGCGCUCGUUCGAGACGAACCACAUGCAAAGCGCAUGCGAUAAGAUCAUCGAGGCGGCAAAGGCGACUGAGGCGCGCAUCUCGGGUCCGGUGCCGCUUCCGACGAAGCGACGCAUCUUCUGCGUCCUGCGCUCUCCGCACGUUAACAAGGACAGCCGGGAACACUUCGAGACUCGCACGCACCACCGAUUGAUCGACGUGCACCAGCCGACGGCACAAACGAUCGAUGCGCUCAUGGCGCUCGAGCUUCCGUCUGGGGUUGACGUCGAGAUCAAGCUCUAA